UGUUAUACUAAUUCUUCAAAUGCUUAGAAUUUAUAUUGCAGGUAGUAUUAUCAGCAUAAUAUAUGUGUACUAGUCAGCGUAUAUUAGUCAACAGUGUGCACUUAACUUCCUAUAGAAAACAAAACCAAUUCACACUCCAGUCACUUUCUAGUUUGCCCUGACCACUACUCUAACCCUGUCCUCCUCUGUGGUAAGAUCGGCACCUCCCAAGGGCUAGCCUGCACAUCCUGUGCUGCCCUACUUCUGCAGGAAUAUAUUUUGUCUUUUCCCCGCACUGUGAUAGAUAGUGAACUUAUAAUGGCUAUGUGAAUGUUAAAGCUUAGAAGAGGAAGUGGAUACUAGCCAGCUUGGAGGCCCAAAAUAUUUAAUUUGCAAAAAUCCACAUAACAUGGUCUUUUAAAAAAUAAAUGACAUUGCGUGAUUGUGUUUGUACAGUACCGUUCCUUGCCAAAUGCCAUGGCUCUACAAUAACUGCAUGUGCAACCCCUGCACUUUCCAGAAGCAAGACUUUUUCAAUGCUGCCAAUAACUCAGCACGGCUGCCCAACCCUACAAUAAACCUGUGUGACUGAUCUGUAGUUGGCAAGGAAGCUGCCAACUUUCAAAGGGUUAUCUAUGCUUUUAAUUCACUGCUUAUAAAUAUCUUAUGGCAAAGCCCUUCAAAAGUGUCUUUUGAGUGACUGUCUUGAGACACCUUUCAGGAGCCUGAAUUUCUGAAUGUGCUGGGCACCCACCCUCUAAAAAUCUGCUCUGUUCAAGGUGUGUCAGGUUGGGAAUCUAAAAAGCAAGGCACCUGGAAUCUUUAGUCACUCUUGAAAAUAUUUGCCUUUUAUUAUUUUAAAUGGGUGGUGGUCUUGAUUCUUGUUGAAUCCCUCAGGGAACCUCCUUGCCCCCAUUCUAACUUCCUUAAACAACUUCUGAGUUUCACAUGAGUGUUGCAUCUAAUUCUGAUCCAGCACUGAUGGGGAAUUCUUCUGUGUGUUGGAGGAAGCCAAGAAGGGUGACAGUUGGAGAGAUCCAGGGAACCUGCUUCCUCCUAAGGACUCUAGAGUAAAAUGCUGUUGUAUUCUUUACUAAGUGCUGACAUCUCUGUGUUCUCUGCAGAUCUUAGAAACCCAGCUUAAUUGCCACCAACUUCACUCAAGAUGCCGCCAGCAAUUGGAGGCCCUCAGGGAUACACCCCACCAGAAGGAGGAUGGGGAUGGGCUGUGGUCGUCGGAGCCUUCAUCUCCAUUGGCUUCUCCUAUGCAUUUCCCAAAUCAAUUACUGUGUUUUUCAAAGAGAUUGAAGCCAUCUUCGAUGCAUCUAGCAGCAAAGUCUCCUGGAUCUCCUCCAUCAUGCUGGCUGUUAUGUACGCCGGAGGUCCCAUCAGCAGCAUCCUGGUGAACAAGUAUGGCAGUCGGCCAGUAAUGAUGGCUGGGGGCUGUCUGUCCGGGUGUGGCUUGAUCGCAGCCUCUUUUUGUAACACUGUGGAAGAGCUCUACUUCUGUGUUGGGGUUGUGGGAGGUCUUGGGCUUGCAUUUAACUUGAACCCAGCCUUGACCAUGAUUGGCAAGUACUUCUAUAAGAAACGUCCAUUGGCCAAUGGAUUAGCUAUGGCAGGUAGCCCUGUAUUCUUGUCUACACUGGCCCCCAUGAACCAGUUUUUCUUCGGUAUAUUUGGCUGGAGGGGGAGUUUUUUAAUUCUUGGUGGCCUUUUACUGAACUGCUGUGUAGCUGGAUCUCUGAUGCGACCUAUAGGCCCCAAGCCAGAUCCGCUGAAGAAAGAGGUCACAAAAGAAGUAUUGCAGGAAGCUGGGAAGUCCGCUAUGAAAGCGGAUGAAGGAGCUGGCGAUGCCAGUGUGGACCUUAUUGGUGGAAAGAAGAAGAAGCAGAAGCUCACAGUUUACCAGACUAUUAACAAGUUCUUGGAUUUGUCCCUGUUUACACACAGAGGCUUCUUGCUCUAUCUGUCCGGCAACGUGAUUAUGUUCUUUGGACUGUUCACUCCCUUAGUCUUCCUCAGCAAUUAUGGCAAGAGUAAAGAGUUUGGUAAUGAGUCGUCUGCCUUUCUGCUCUCCAUUCUGGCCUUUGUAGACAUGGUGGCUAGGCCUUCCAUGGGACUGGUGGCAAACACCAAGUGGGUCAGACCGAGGAUCCAAUAUUUCUUUGCUGUCUCUGUGGUGUAUAACGGAGUGUGCCACCUCCUGGUACCCUUUUCCACCACCUAUGCUGGGUUUUGCAUCUACGCUGGGUUCUUUGGAUUUGCCUUUGGCUGGCUCAGCUCUGUCUUGUUCGAAACACUGAUGGAUUUGGUUGGAGCUCAGAGGUUCUCCAGUGCCGUCGGGCUGGUGACGAUUGUGGAAUGUUGCCCUGUGCUCCUGGGACCACCUCUCCUAGGUAAACUCAAUGACAUGUACGGUGACUACAAAUACACAUACUGGUCAUGUGGAAUCAUCUUGAUCGUCUCUGGGAUCUACCUGUUUGUGGGAAUGGGCAUCAACUACCGGCUGCUGGAGAAAGAACAAAAGGCAGAGGACAAGCUGAGAAACGAAGGGAGAGAGGAGGAAACCAAUAUCGAUGAGGUCGAGAAACAAAAAGAGGUCGAGAAACAAAAAGAGGCCGAGAAACAAAAAGAGGCAAACAAUGAUGUGGCCAAUGUGUCGCAGAAAAACACAGAAGAUGGCAUAAAAGAGGAGGAGAGUCGCAUGUGAGGGACUGAUUUUAAUCCUGGAGGGUUGGAGGAAGUGCUGUUCCUCUAAAAUAGUGUCUGGGGAAAAUGCUGUGCUGGUAGUGAGCAGUCAUCAGAAGUGUAUAAACCAGGUGUUCAUUUUUAAACAAAGCUCUCAGUUGUUUUUCCAUCUGGAUUCAACAGAGGUAACAGCUAAAUGUGCCAUAUCCUCUUACUUGGGUGGGAAACUUUUUUUAUAUUCUGGCUUUUUAACAGUAACAUGAAUGUACUAAUAGGUGCCUUAAAGUUUCCACCUCUAGACUACUCUGGAAGAGCCUUAACGCUACUCUGUAAACCAUGUUUUAGUUAGUUUUGUGAUCUGCUUAGGGUAUGUCUGUUUUUAAAGCCAUAAAAAAGGAUACUGGAUAUUUUGAGGCACAACCGGCUUCAAUGCUGAGUCUAAAAUGAAUACUGCUUCACAUACUUCUUAACUGCCAGACUCUUAGUGGAAGUUGGAAUAUUUUUGGGGUGGGUUAGUGGGAGGGGUGGUCUUAAAAUAAAACACGACAAAAUCCAAACUCCUUUGGAUGCCAGACACCACCUGGCUCUAUUUGUAGGCUUUUCUAGCACCUCUUGAAAACAUUUUUAUCUACUGUAGUUUUUUAAACAUCCCCCCCCUUAGUUAAAUUUUGAUGAAACACUUGGGUUGGAAUUGAUGACUGAAAUUAAUAACUAUCUUCACUCCACUCCUUUUGGGGUGAAGCCUCAUUUUAUUGUGAUCAUCCCAUUUUCAGAAAUGACACUUGCUGAGGCAGGAAAGAUUCAGGUUUAGAUCAUCCCACUUUUCCUAGGCAAAGAAAUUUCCAAACUCUGUCUUUGUGAUGCCUCUCUUUAAAGUAACACUAUGAAACCAAAUGGGUACAAAUGCAGAAGGUUGAGUUUAGUUAGGAACCUGCUUUAGUCAUAACUAAAGGAAUCAAUGCUGGUAUGUAUCAGGUCUGUGCAUCAGUCUUUCCAAUCCUAUUACUGAGUGAGUGUGGCUUUGGAAUUGGAAGUCUUCCGCUGCUGCUUUAUUUAGGAAAUCAGCAUCUCUACCAGUGUGGGUCAGUACUACUAUGUCCCUUCCUCUUCCCCUAGCCCUGACCCUGAGCUUCCUAAGAGGUGGCUUUUCUUUCCUGAAGCUUCCUUUCGACUGUGCACCCCCUCAGUAAAAUCGAGCAUUCUACUCUUCAUGGAGCUCUGUUCCAAACAAGAUGUUGCAAAAGGCUUGCUGGCCACCUAGGAUGGCUCCCACUCCUUUUGAAGUCAACAGCAGAACUCCCAAAUGCUUCCAUGGGAAUGGAGUUAGCUUUUAGCAAGGGGGUGUCAGUUCUGUUACAUAUUCUCAGAGCCUCUCCUGUGUUCAGAGCAUGGCUGGCUCCCUUACUGGUAUGGAUCUGGUCUUGAGUAUGUGGCAUAUUGUCUUGUGCUCUGAGGCCUAAUAUUUUGCACACUAAAUGGGGCCAGAUACAGUCAUACUCUUAUACGCCCAUGAGAUAAAAUAGCUAAAGCUGCGUAACUGUCCCUUAAAAAAACUCUACUUGCUCCUGUUUAAGUGAGCAUUUAAAGCAAUUUCUAACUACUCAGAUCAAAGACCCUUAAAGGGGGAAGGGGAGGAUGUCUUCUGUUUGUACAUAUUUAUUUUUUUAGCACUGGUAAAUAUCACAACUUAUGUGAAGAGGGUUAAGCAGAUGGCCUGUGACCCAUAGGCUCCUGGUGCUUGUGUUUUAGUGAAUGUUAAACAGAUAUCCUGUAAGAGACUGAAGUUUUUGGGUUUUUUCUAAUAAACUUUUGUAUAAUUCAUCCACCAAA